UUUUUUGGCGUUGUCCUGCAAAGACCUGUAGUAUAUUUGUUGUACAGUGAGUAAGAGUCAGCAGAGGAGCGGAGCGGAGCGGAACGUGGGGAGCGCAGUGCGCGGAGCCUGGGACGGGUUUACUAGUCACUCACUAUGGCGCUGCUGAGGCUGAGCCUGACGCUGGGAGUGAGAGGUCGCCUGUGUGUCGUUGCAAAAAACGGGUUGAAUAAUCAAUGCUCAAGCUCUCCAUGGCAAUGGCAUUCAACUUCAGCAGCAGCAGCAGCAGCAGCAGCGGGACAGGUGGCUAUGAAAGAAAAGCCCCAGCUGAGAGAAAGAAAACCCAAGACUGGCAUCCUCAUGUUAAACAUGGGAGGUCCUGAAACAUUAGAUGAUGUUCAUGAUUUCUUGCUUCGACUUUUCAUGGAUAAAGACCUGAUCCCCCUUCCAGCCCAAAGCAAACUUGCUCCUUUUAUUGCAAGACGGCGUACUCCAAGGAUUCGUGAACAGUAUGACAGGAUUGGUGGAGGGUCUCCAAUUAAAAUGUGGACAGCCAAGCAAGGAGAUGGGAUGGUAAAACUGCUUGAUGAAAUAUCUCCAGAAACAGCGCCACACAAAUUUUAUAUUGGCUUCCGAUAUGUUCAUCCGUUGACUGAAGAAGCAGUGGAAGAGAUGGAGAAAGAUGGCAUUGAGCGAGCAGUAGCAUUUACACAGUAUCCUCAAUAUAGCUGUUCUACCACAGGGAGUAGUUUAAAUGCAAUUUAUCGAUAUUAUAACAGCAAGAGUAUCGCGCCAAAGAUGAAAUGGAGUACUAUAGACAGGUGGCCAACACAUCCCUUAUUAAUUCAGUGUUUUGCAGAACUUGUACAGCAGGAACUUGAUCGAUUUCCACCGGAUAAAAGGGAUGAUGUAGUCAUUUUAUUCUCUGCUCAUUCUCUACCUAUGUCUAUUGUAAAUCGAGGUGACCCUUAUCCUCAGGAAGUCGGAGCAACUGUCCAGAGAGUCAUGGAAACAAUAAAUUUCAGUAACCCAUACAGGCUGGUGUGGCAGUCCAGGGUUGGUCCCAUGCCUUGGCUUGGCCCCUCAACAGAUGUCACCAUCAAAGGAUUAUGUGAGAGGGGAAGGAAAAAUCUGUUGCUCGUCCCCAUAGCUUUUACCAGUGAUCAUAUUGAAACGCUCUAUGAACUUGAUAUAGAAUAUGCGCAAGUUUUAGCUAAUGAGUGCGGCGUGGAAAAUAUUAGGCGAGCUGAAGCGCUAAAUGGAAAUCAUCUUUUUAUUAAGGCUCUGGCAGACCUGGUAAAUACUCAUCUAAAAUCUGCAGAAACAUCUUCCAAGCAGUUGGGUCUAUGUUGUCCACUUUGUGUUAAUCCAGUGUGUCAAAAAACCAAGGCAUUUUUUGCCAAACAGAAACUUUGAAAUGGUAAUCACCGGCCCUGGAUUGUUCUGCCCUUCAAGAGUCUCUGUCUAAUGGUCAUUUUGAUUUUCUUUCUACUGUAUCAUCUGUGCUAAGCUUUAAAAGUAAGCUCAGUCUAUGGGUGGGUUUCACUUUUAAAGUUUUAUUCUUUAUUACAAUAAUGAACAGAUCUUAAAUGAAGCUAUAUGUUGCACUAUUCUCAAGCCUCGUGUAUGGAUAAAGAUGCUGAAAUUCCGUCACCUCUAUACAUUUUUUUUCCUCUUGGUCCUUUUAAGCACAGGAACAUGACUUGAAUGUGACUUAAGUUUAUUUCAACAUGUGCUAUUAAGCUGACCUUUCAAUACGAUUCAUAUUCCAGUAAAGAUUGAUUUUAAUGA